AUGUUAGAAAAUAUUCAAUAUUCAAUAACUUCAAAUAUUUCAACCACUACAAAUCUUGAUUACGCUUCUUCUUCAUUUGACGAAGGCGAAGAAAGUGAUUCCUAUGAUAUAAGAAAAUUUGAUCUAAAAUAUAAUAAUAAUAAUCACAGGUGGAGCGUUUCUUCCUCUUCGUCAAAUUCAACAACUCAUGAGACACUCAUUACCAAUUCAAUCUUCGCACAUUCAUCACCACCACCACCACAGCAGCAACAAGAACGAAAUUUAACGGCACAAACAAAAAGUCAAUCAACAAUACCGGAUAUAGAAUGUCGAAAAAGAAAGCUUGAACGUAAUCGUAUUGCUGCAAAACAAUGUCGUGAACGUAAAAAAAUUUAUGUAGCAAAACUUGAAUCAAAAGUCACAAGACUUGAGGAAGAAAACGCACAUUUACGACGAGAGCUUGACGAAUUAAAUACACGACUUCAGUUUAAUCCUGUGGAUGCUCAAGAACGUUUGGGAUUACACGUGUUAAUUGAGGAUUUGAAAUCUAAAGUGAACAAUGAAAUAAUCAAAAUGGGUAUUAACCAAAAUAAAAUUUGA